UCCUCUUCGUCGUAUCAAAUAUUAUCAAUUACCAUGUCAAAAACGUUUACCACUUUUAUCUUGUUUCUAUGAUGAUAAUCAUUUUUGUUUCUGUAAUGAUUAUGAUCAUCAAUGUUUGACUAAUUGUUUUGAAUUCAAUCAUAGAAUUGAACAUAAUUGUUUUGGUCAAAGUAAUUGUGAAAAUGAUGCACAUUGUUUACAAGACAAAGCAACUUGUCCACAAACAUCGAUCUGUGUUUGUUCAAAAUGUUUUUAUGGAGCAAGAUGUCAAUUUACUUCAAAUUUAUUUGAUCUUUCGCCCGAUGCUAUCUUAGGUUAUUAUAUUCAACCACAUAUAAAUAUUAAACAUCAACCAUCUAUUGUACAAGUCAGUGUGGCAUUGACAAUAAUCAUUAUCAUAGCUGGAAUUACUGAUAGUGUUCUAUCGAUAAUUACAUUUAGAAAUAAAGAAUCGCAUUUUCUUCUAAGAAUUGGUCUUAGUAUGGAUCAAUGGUUAAAUGUAUGUGUAGCUAUAGAAAGAACAAUUACCACAAUAAAAGGAACUAGAUUUGAUAAAAACAAGAGCAAACAAAUAGCUAAAUAUAUUAUUCUUAUUCUUCUCUUUAUGACUACUAGCACAACUAUUCAUGAUCCUAUUAAUCGAUGUCUACUGAAUGAAAAUGAUGAUGUUGAUGAGAAAAGAAUUUGGUGUAUUGUUAGUUAUUCAAGCAAUCUUCGAGCAUUCAAUUCAUUCAUACUUAUAUUUCAUUUUCUUGCCCCAUUUUUCAUCAAUAUUAUAUCAGCUAUUAUUAUUAUUGUAAUGAUUACUCGACAACGAACAACUGUACAAAAACAUCCACCAUAUAAAAAAUUAUUACGUGAACAAUUUCAACAACACAUAAAUUUAAUAAUCGCUCCAUUUGUUUUAGUUAUUCUUGCUGUGCCACGUCUAAUUCUUUCUUUUGUUGGAGAUUGUAUGAAGUCAACUAGGGGUUCAUGGCUAUUUCUUAUUGGAUAUCUUAUUUCAUUUGUUCCAUCUAUGUUAACUUUUUUAUUAUUUGUUUUUCCAUCAGAAUCUUACAAACAAAUAUUUCGACAGACUAUCGAACAAUAUGGACGAACAAUGCGAAUACGGUUGCAUCUCAGUUCAUAGAUAGUUAGUAAAAAAAACAUUGUAAUGAUUUAAAAUAAUGUAAAGAUGUUCAUUUU